CGUUCCUUUUUUGUGAACAUUUGAACUUGCUGCAGCAGGACGGCAAAGCACUGAGGGUAGAUCUGUGCAGAACAUUUGCUGAAGAAAGAUUUUUAAAAUUUUAAAAUGAGUGCUAAAAUCAUUGUUACUUGUCUUGCUUUGUGCCUGCUUUAUUCCACUCUUACUCAAGGCAUGACACUGUCAGGAACAGGGCUGUUAAACUGUAAGUGUCUGAACACUAUCCGCCAAUUCAUCCAUCCUCGAUAUCGUCAACAGGAGGUUAUUAAUUAUGACUGUGAAAAUGUAGAGGUUAUAAUCACUCUUACAACAGGGAUAAGUGUGUGUGUGGAUCCCUCUCAACCAUGGGUACAAAGGAUUAUCAAUAAGAAAAUAUCAGAAAGGGAACAAAAAUAAAUAAGACAAAGAAGAAGAGCAAGGCAUCUAAAGAAGAAGAUGAGGGGAAUAUCUGCUAUUUACACAACAAUGUACCGUGUCACUUUUGCUUUGUUACCUCUUGUUUGCUAUCCUAUUAUGCCUAUUUAACUUUCUGAUCAUUAUCUUGCUUUACUUGACCAUAAUCUCUCCAUGCGAUAGCAGAGCCAACCUGUACUGUUAGAUGGGAGAUCUGUGUCUAUGCUUUAUUACAUAAAGUUGUACGAAUAUUUUAUUAUUGCAAAUAAAUUGUUAACUUGUUAAA